AUGGCCUCUGUGCCAGCCAAGAGGAAAAAGAACACCAAAUCCACGAUGCAAGGAAGCAACCAUCAACAGGCUAAGUCCUUAUCAGCUGACAGAGGCGAAUCCUUGUUUUUAGCUACUUCUACCAACUUUGUGGCGCUUGACAAAGCCGAGUCUAAUGAGAACAGAACACACAGUAAGGCAUGCCCUCAAGAAAAACAGCCAGAAGAAGAGAUACCAAAAGUACCAGUGGGACCAGGACCAUAUUUUUAUAUCAGUGGAUCUAACGGAGCUGGGCUUGUGAGCAUCUAUUGCCAGAGCAGAGGCUGGCAGCGUAUCUAUGACAACAUGAGAGAGGAUUAUGCGCUGAAAUGGUGUGAAAUCAAGUGUCGAGAGACCUAUUAUCAUUUCAAAGAAGGUGAACAGCUUCUCUACCAGAUUCCCAACAAUGGAGUCCUCACCAGUAAGACAGGGCUUUUAUGCUGCCUGAGAGAGCAAGAGCGGGUGAUGAAAAAGACCAGUAGGAGCUCUAAUUCCAAGUUACUGAAGAUGAAAGAAUUCUUCCCAGAAUCUUUUCGCCUGGACUUAAAAAAUGAGAGAAAUGCCUUUUUUGAGCUUUGCAAAGAAGAACAGAUUUGGAUCUGCAAACCAAGUUGCUCUAACCAAGGUCGAGGAAUUUUCCUGCUUAAAAAUCCAGCUGCUGUCAACACCCUCCAAGCCGAGCUCCACAGCACUGAGGAAUAUUUACUCAAUACGAAGGCGCCAUACAAGGCUCCCCAGGCGAGAAUAGUGCAAAGGUACAUUCACCAGCCGCUGCUCCUGGAAGGGAAGAAGUUUGAUGUCCGGUCUUACCUCCUCAUUGCCUGCACAGCACCCUACGUGUUAUUUUUCGCCCAGGGUUACGUCAGGUUGACCUGUGUCAAUUAUGAUGCUGCGUCUGACGAUCUGACAGUUCAUCUGACCAAUCAGUACAUGCAGAGGAGGAACUCCCUGUACAGCCAGCGGAAAGAUGAGACGGUUUGGCGGAUGGAGCACUUCAACAGCUACGUUAAUGAGAACUUCAGAAAAACCAACGGCCUCCCCAAAGACUGGGUUUUCACCGUGUUUACGAAAAGGAUGCAGCAGAUCAUGUUGCAGUGCUUCCUGGCAGCCAAGCACAAACUGGAUCGUAAACUGGGCUACUUUGAUCUCAUUGGCUGUGACUUUUUAAUUGAUGAAAACUUUAAG